AUGUCAGUUAAUUCAUUGCCAAAUUGUGAAUCAAGUAAUCAUUCAUACAGCAAACGGGAAAUAAGAGUUUUAUGUAUAUUAAUUGCGACUCUAAUACCAUUCUAUACAGCCGUGGAAAUAUCUACAUUUAUAUGUGAUCAGUAUACAUUUUACAGUUUCCUAACUGAACGUGGAUUGCCAUAUGGAUAUGAACUACCCAUCGAUACAAAUAAGUCUGUUAACGAAGAAAUCAAACUGAAAAGACAGGAAGCUCAAAGUCAAACAUCUAUAGUUCAGUCAUCGAAUAACUUUGCUGCUGUUGCACCUGGUCUAGUAUCCACUUUAUUGGUUGGCUAUUUGUCAGAUCGCUUUGGACGUAAAGUUGCACUGGGUAUUAUCAUUGCUGGUGAAGCAGCGCAGUUGGUAGCUGUUGCUGUUGUCGUAUUCUGCCGUCUUACUCCAUGGGCUUUGGUUAUUUCGAAUGUGAUUGAAGGUUUUAUUGGUGGUGGUCUCUUAUCAGCUAUUGCUCAGUUUUCUGUCUGCAUUGCCGAUUUGACAAACUUGCUUAAGUCUAGCAGCUGCUGUAUGAUCGCUGGUCCUCUUAUUUACAAUUAUGGCUUUGAAACCACUAUGGCUGUUUGUAUCAUAGUCUAUAUCCCAGUUGUUCUGCUGAUAUGUAUUUUGCCUGAAACAAAUAGUAAACUACAACCAAGUUACCUUUGCAUUACUGAUACAAGUAAUACAUCAAUGAAAACAGAAAAACGCAAGGAAACUGAGACGUCAAGCUGCUGUGACAAAUUUCAGUGGAAAAUUAAACAAAUACUCAGGGCUGUAAUGUCGUCGCAUCCUGUUUUGAUUAUAAUCUUGAUGAUUCAGCUACUUGUAUCCAUCUCGGCUAUGGUAGACUCACCAUUUAGUACUGUUUAUCUGAUGAGUGAACCUUUCUGGUGGAACCCAAGGAGACUGGGAUUAACCAAUGGUAUAGUAGACACGUGUUCAUCGGUAUUGUCGAUUGCUGCUGUUAAUAUAUUGGUCAGAUAUCAAAAAUCCGCAAUGGCUAAACAAUCAAAACCAGUGAAUACUAAUGAUGAUUCACACGGCAUUGAUAGGCAAAAUGACCGGGUAAACUUAAGAUUUCGGAGAACACUGUUUGGUUUGCUAAUAGCUGCCUUGAUUCUGAUGUUGACCAAUAGGAUUUUAAUGACUGUGGCAUUUUUACCUUCAUCGUCUACGGCUAACAUGAUUGUCUACAUUGCCUUAAUUGCGAAGCUGGCCAAAAACAUUAACUUCCCACUGUUGCGUACACUUGUCACUAACUGGAGUAGUACGCAAAGACAAGGUUUGAUUCUCUCUUUUGCAUCCUUCAUAUCACGUAUCGGUCUUCUAAUCAGCGUAAGUGCUCUACCACUGGUUUAUUCAGCGACACUUUCGUAUUUUCCCGGUGCUGUCUUCCUUAUAUGCGCAUCAUUGUUGCUGGUUGCUCUUUGUGCUUCAAUUUCACUGUUUUUUGUGGCUAAACACCAAAGACUCAAUUCAAAUGCGGUGAACAGGGAUGUAAAUUUUGUAAACAAUAAAAUAUAA